AUGAAUGAGGAUCUUAUUCAAACCGUAGUAAAUGAUGACCGACAACGGUUUUUACUUGAUCUUGAAUUUGUUCAAACAUUAGCAAAUCCUCAAUACUUAAAUUUUUUGGCUCAAAGAAAUUAUUUUAAAAACCCAGCGUUUAUUAAUUAUUUAAAAUAUUUACUCUAUUUCAAAGAAGAUAACUAUAUAAAGUAUGUUCAUUAUCCUCAAGCACUGUAUUUUCUUGAUUUAUUACAACGUGAACAAUUCCGGCAAGAACUUGUCAAUGCAAAUUAUUGUCGAUAUAUAGAAGAUCAGCAAUUACUUGCAUGGCAACGACUUCAACGUAGAAAAAGUCAACUUUUAAAUAAUGCUGUUGGAAUGUCAACAGCAACAAAUAGUAAUAACAAUGAAAUAGAGGGUACUAAUACACAACUUGGUGCAAAUGCAAUAUCAACAUCAACAACAGCGAACAAUACUCAAAUUCGUUAG